GAGGGGGACAAGGUGGAGGAAGAGGAGUGGAGCAAAAGGUUUGAGAGGAAAUCAGGGGAGAAGGAAAGGGGGAUGCAGUGGAGAGUUGGAGGGGUUGGAGAAAGGAUGGAAAGGGGGAGGAUAGGAGGAAAAGAGGGGUGGGAGCAGUGGGCUGAGUUUCCAUCCCUCACCGCAGGAAAUCUGUGUUUGGUUUAAAUGCCAGCCGGAGUCUCCUAGCAGGCUACUUGUGAGUGUGAGUGAAGAAAAUACAGCAGCAUGGUCAGCCGUGUGGAGCAUCCUGCUGCAGGCUACAAGAAGAUCUUUGAGACAGUGGAGGAGCUGGAUGACCCCAUACCUGCAUAUGUCAAAGGUAGGAUACCGACAUGGCUGGGCGGCAGUGUCCUCAGGAUGGGUCCUGGUCUUUUCGAAAUUGGAGAUGAACCUCUCCACCACAUGUUCGACGGACAGGCUCUCAUUCACAAGUUUGACCUGAAGGAAGGCCAGGUGACCUACCACAGGAGGUUCAUCAGGACAGAUGCGUAUGUUCGUGCCAUCACAGAGAACAGAGUCGUCAUCACUGAGUUUGGAACGGCAGCCUACCCAGACCCCUGCAAAAACAUCUUCUCUAGAUUCUUCACUUACUUCAGAGGCAUGGAGGUGACUGAUAACUGCUUAGUGAACAUCUAUCCAAUCGGUGAAGACUUCUACGCCGUCACAGAAACCAACUACAUCACCAAAGUGGAUCCUGAUUCGCUGGAGACUUUGGAGAAGGUGGACCUGGGUAAAUACCUCUCAGUGAACGGGUUGACAGCCCACCCCCACAUUGAAAAAGACGGUACGGUCUAUAACAUCGGUAACUGCUUUGGCAAAAACCUGAGUCUGGCUUAUAACAUCGUCAAGAUCCCGCCUGCUGAGGAUGGUGAGUCAAAUUGUCUGGAGAAAUCUCAGGUGGUGGUUCAGCUGCCCAGCAGUGAGAGGUUAAAACCCUCCUACAUACAUAGUUUUGGCAUGACAAAAAACUACUUUGUGUUUGUGGAGCCGCCCGUGAAGAUAAAUCUACUCAAGUUCCUCUCAGCGUGGAGCAUCAGAGGAGCCUCAUACAUGGACUGCUUCGAGUCCAAUGAGACACUGGGGACUUGGUUCCACUUGGCCACUAAGGACCCCGCAGGUUAUUUGAGCAACCACAAGUUCCGAACAUCGGCUUUCAACAUCUUUCACCACAUCAACACGUACGAGGAGGAGGAGGGGUUCAUCGUGGUUGAUGUCUGCACCUGGAAAGGUCAUGACUUUGUGUAUAACUACCUGUACCUGGCCAACCUGAAGGAGGACUGGGAGGAGGUGAAGAAAGCAGCGAUGAGAGCUCCUCAGCCCGAGGUCAGGCGAUACGUGCUGCCGCUGGAUAUACACAAAGAGGAGCAGGGGAAGAAUCUGGUGUCUCUGCCCUACACUACAGCCACUGCUGUUCUCCGCAGUGAUGGCACCAUCUGGCUGGAGCCUGAAGUGCUCUUCUCUGGACCUAGACAGGCCUUUGAGUUCCCUCAGAUCAACUACUCUCUGUGCAAUGGAGAGAAGUACUCCUUUACUUACGGCCUGGGACUCAACCACUUCAUACCCGACAGGAUAGUGAAGCUGAACGUUCAGACCAAAGAGACCUGGGUGUGGCAGGAGGAGGAUUGUUACCCUUCAGAGCCGCUGUUUGUACCCAGACCUGGAGCGACGAAGGAGGACGACGGUGUGCUGCUGAGCAUCGUUGUGAAGCCGGGUGCAGAGAGGCCAGGCUUCCUGUUGGUGCUGGACGCCGUGAAACUGAGGGAGCUGGCUCGGGCAGAGGUCAGCACCAUCAUCCCUGUGACGCUGCACGGCCUGUACAAACCAUGAACCUCCAUCCUUCAGUGCUUCAUUGAAACAUACUCCGAAUGUUAGCUUCUUGAACGUAUCAUGAACCUUACAGUGACUUUAAUUCAGGGCAGAGGUGGAUUAGAGCUUCUUACUAAAGGCGUUUGCUAAUGUUUACAAGGUUUCUGAACAAGCUACAUAAUUCAGUUUGACCCUGCUGUUCUCCAAGUAGAGGAUUUUGAUUAUUUGGCUUAGCGGUAUUAUUCAUGUCACCAUAAAGGAUCUGUAUUUGUAUCCUUUUAUUUGUAUAAGCGUAUAAUUAACCAUUCAACAUUUAUGUUCUUGUUGUCUGUUUGCAUGUGUUCAUAAUGAUGAAAGGGGUCUGAGAGUUCAGAGUGGAACUUUUUGAGGACUUUGAUUUCUAAAAAGGUUAAAAAAAUAUUCUCACAAGUUAAUUUUUUUUGUCGUGGUUUUUUUAAAAGGCUUUCAUUUUUCGACAAAUAUUACUGAAACAGCUGCAUGACAGAGCCCAAAAAGCUUCUUAAUCUGAUGUGGUUCAUAAAUAAAAAUGUUUGAAACAAA